ACCAGCUGUAUUUAUUUAUUUGAUAUAGUUUAAAGCCGUUAGAGCGUUGUUUUAAAAUUAAGUAUGAGUAUUAUGUGUGCAUUCAUGGAUGUCUGGUGAUACAUAGUGUGGCGAUCUUCGUAGUAUCUUAAUGUAUGGGUGUGCAUUGUGUGAUGGUACAUACGUAGAUGAGAUUUUACAUUGUCCAUGAAUUUAUAUACAAUCAAAUACAUGGAACAUAUAUACUGCGCAAGCGAUCCAGCGUGCAUUCAUUGCGUAUAGAGAGUUUUGUAUUUGUAUAUAUACAAUCAUAUAUAGACGUGUAUCCGUACAUGAAUGCGCACACAACACACAGUACAAACCAUCCUUGGUAAAUCAUGCCCUAUUUCCCACUCACUAUGUGUGAGCCUAAACGCUCGGAAGAUGAGGAAAAUGUAGACCCAGGUCACAGAAAAGGGAAUAUCAAUUCAUCGGUUACGACAAGUACAAGGAUAUGUAAAGUCCGUACAACGCAUAUGUCAGAACAUGUUAACGGUAAAGUAUACAACAACAAUAGAGAUCCAGCGAAUGUGCAGGAAUGCAAGAUCAAGCGUGUGCGUGCGCAUGUGUCUGGGGAGAAGAACAACCGGGUUGUAGUCGAUGGCAUAAACUUGGAUGAGAGUGCCAAUCAGUCCUCUGGUGAUAAGGAUACUAUGCACAAAUCCCCACGCCGUUCCAAGAAGACGUCUGCCAUGAAGCACAAGCCUCCGUUGACUGAACGACAGCAAGUGGCCUUGUUAUUGAAGGACCAAGCACAGAAGCAACCCGCGCCAGCCGUGCAGGCUGUAUCGGCUGUUUCAGAGCCAGACGAGAUAUCGCGUUUUGCCGAGAAGUUUCUUUGUACUCCCAGGCCAGUGCUGCCCUCCCACAAGAAAACGUCACCGGUGCACAAAUACGUAUCGGCCACGAAUGUACCUCUGCAAGUGAAGGCUGUGGAUCCAAAACUGGCGCCGUUGAUCAAGAUAGUACGACCCAGGACUGCCGCUACUAACAGGGACACGGGUGCUGGUGAAUAA